GCAAGACCAGAUAAGUUGAAGAGAUUCCCAACCGUUAUUUUAUCACGUAAAAACAGAUAGAGAGAGAGAAUCAAAUAAACAAUGACGACUGUGAAAUUCUCUCUUUCUCUUGUUUCACCAUCACAGCCACCUUCCUCCUCUUCAAUUCAGUCAAAGCUAUAAGCUGCAUCUUUCCUCCCCAAUGCAGAAAAGGCUAAGAAGUCGCGGUUCAUGGGUCUGAGAUCCAAUCUGAUGAUAAUGGCCAGAGGAUCUCGCUCCAGAGGAGUCACUUGCUCUAUUUCAUCUUCUCCGGAGAGUCUUCCUUAUGCUCUUCUAUUUGAUUGCGAUGGCGUUCCUGUUGAUACGAAGAAGGACGGUCACAGGAACUCCUUCAACAACACUUUCAAAGAUAUAGAUUUAGAUGUUACUUGGGACGUCAAUUUGUAUGGAGAGCUACUGAAAAUAAGUGGCGGGAAAGAAAGAAUAAACGCGUAUUUUAAGAAGGUAGGUUGGCCAGAGAAAGCUCCCAAGAAUGAAGCAGAGAGGAAAGCGUUCAUAGCUGGGCUUCACAAGCAGAAGACUGAGCUUUUCAUGGUUCUCCUCAAGAAAAAAAUUCUUCCCUUUCAACCCGGUGUUGCCAAGUUGGUUGAUCAAGCUUUAACGAAUGGAGUAAAAGUUCCCGUGUGCAGCACUUCAAAGGAGAAGGUGGUAUGGUCAAUCAGAUACACAGCGGAUGAAGAUUUCCUUAUUUAAACUACAACUCUCAACAUUGGUGUGUAUAGUGAAAAGACAUUUACUGUAAACUCGUUUUACACAUUAUCUAUCUUGAUAUUUCCAUCAGCAGAUGCAAGACUGGAUUGAGAUCUUGUCUCAUGCAAUAUGUUUCAGUUUCAACUUCUCAAGAGGUUAUGCACAAGAAAAAACAAAACCACUAUAGUCUAAGGAGAUGUCACACGCAUGUGUUGAAUGGUAAUGAUACGACCUCAUUGAUCUUUUUUCUCUACAGAAGUCUCAACGGUCACUUCUGCUUCUUUUUCUUCCUUACCAUCCGAAUCCAUAAGCUUCUCCUGUAUCUUCGUUACACCCUUCUCAACCGGUCCCAUCGCUUGGUUUAUCGUAAGAACCACAUCCUUUACAACAUGUUGUCCACCGUCCAUAACUAUGUCUUGCACACUCUCCUUAAUACUUGUCCCAGAUGCUUCAACAUGAGUCUCCUUCUUCUCAACAACACCGCCACUUUCGUCUAGCUUAACUUCCGUCUUCAUCCUCGUGAUUUUACCGCACUCUGAUACCGGGAUAUAGUGGUAAGGCUCAACUGGGAAUACAAAGAUAUGCGCCACGGCUGCAAUAGCCAUCUCGAUGCAAAUGAGAAAAUCUUGCAGUGCGUUCUGGAACCUUCCUUCUUUUGGAAGCACGCCGUAGUAACAAAGCAAGGCGAUACCGAACCCUUGCCACCAAGUAGCAAAGACGAUAGCCUUGAAGCUGAUGAACUUGGCCAAGGGUUUGAUUUCUUUAAGACGUUCAUGAGUCACGUUGUAGAACUGCACUAGGCAGAACAGAGCCCACAUCUGGCUGAAGUUUAGCACCACCGCUAUGUAUGGAUAUCUACAUAAAAAACAAAAGAUUCAUCACUAGUUUUAUUUGCAGACACAUGAUAUAACAUGUUUUGUUCAGUUUACUUGGUGCAUACCCG